CCAAGGUGCCUGGAGCCAAGCCGCUCCUGAGCGCCACCACUACGGCCGCUACCACUCUUACUGCCGCUACCGCCGCCGCUACUGCCUCAUCCCGUCGCCACUGUGGGGGGCUCCCCAGCAGGACUGCCGCCGGAGAAUGAGGGGUUAAAAGCGCUACCAAACACCUGCCACACGGGGAGAGGUCUCAGACCGGUUGUUAAAAUGAGAAGAGUUGAAGUUCCCUGAGCGUCCCACAUCAGCGUGGUCGCGAGCCAGUCUGGACGGCGCCAGAGUGAACGUCUCAGCACCGCCAGCUUCAUCACCUCUCCUCUACCGUAGAGCCAGCAACUUCCCCGCUCUUUACGCGUGAAUUUACAAACCUCUGGGGAUAUUUUGGUGUGAUCGAGGGCUUCCGCGAGUGUGUCCCUGCGUGUAGGGUGCGACAGGGACGUCCCCCCGGAAGACAGGGGUGCGACAGACACACACGUGUUCACUAGACCACUGAGGAUAUGCACCAGCAUCUACACUAGGAUUCCCCUUACCAGAUACUCUUGAAGGCGGACAAAUCGCAGGACUUCGAAGUACUUUGAAGUCUUCUUCGACAUGUACUGAGAGAGUGAGAGUCGAAGUUCAUUUCCCUCCUGCGCCUUCCUCAACCACUCCACCUUCGGAAGCUGCCCCUCGCCGACUCGUACACAGCAUCGUAUGUUGUUUGCGAUUUUUAGAGAAACCAAUAGGGCAUAGAACUUCCAAAGAAUGAUAAUGACUUCGAUAUGCCCUCAGCAACUGUGGCAGGAACAGAGGGAAGGUUUUAGUAACUGGUCGAAGGCUCUAGCUUCGAGAAUUACACCAACAGCCUCGCGAGAUCAGCUACAGGCACCAACAAAGGUGUCGCAAGACUCGCUAGAAGAACCAGCAAAAGUGUCGCAAGAUCCAGUAGAAGCUGAGGCGACGCCGCAGGUCGCAUCUCAGGUCAAAGUACAAUCCAUGUUGCCGCAGGUUAGGGUUACACCCCAGCCAAAGCCAAGGGCUGACGGGACACUGAUGUGGCUGGCGUCUGUCAGCCUGCUGACCCUCGCCUGCAUCCUAGGCUUCGCUGACGCCGCCGAUGGGGCGGAGGAACCCCUGCCACACUUCCUGGAGCCCAUCCCCAACAAGACUGUGGUGGUGGGGAGAGACGUCAUCCUACCAUGCUCUGUUGACAACUUGAAGGGAUUCAAGGUGGCCUGGAUCUUCGUAGAGACACAAACUAUCCUGACCAUCCAUCACACCAUCAUCACUAAGAACCCGCGCUUCACCCUGGCCAGGAACGACCACAAGCACUGGUACCUGAAGAUCUCUGACGUACGACCCAGCGACCGAGGCAUGUACAUGUGCCAGGUCAAUUCAGAUCCUAUGAUGAGCCAAACUGGCUUCCUUGAUGUACAGGUUCCACCGGAUAUCAUUGACGAGGAGAGCAGUUCGGAGGUGGUGGUGAAGGAGGGGCAAGACGUCACUUUGGAGUGUCGGGCGAGAGGUUCUCCCAAGCCAGUCAUCUCGUGGAAGAGGGAAGAUGGCAGCAGAAUCGACGUAAACAACGGUAUCAACCUGAAGGUGACGGACUCAGAGGUACUGCACAUCCCUACAGUGUCUCGGCUCCACAUGGGAGCAUAUCUCUGCAUAGCUUCCAACGAUGUUCCUCCUUCUGUCUCCAAGCGUAUCACCCUCAAGGUCCAAUGUAAGUAGAGAGAGAUGGAUGGAGGGGGAGGGAGGGAGAGGG